AUGCCAACCGUGGGGGUGAAGCGCGACGAGCUGUUCGCGGCCAUGGGCCAGACGUACACGGACGAGGAGUUCGACGUCCUCUGCUUUGAGUUCGGCAUCGAGUUGGACGACAUCACAAGCGAGAAGCAGCUCAAGCAGCGCGAGCAGCAGGGCCAAGACAAGGACCAUUCAGCUCACUCAGACGCGGUGCUGUACAAGAUCGACGUGCCGGCCAACCGCUAUGACCUGCUGUGUGUAGAGGGUAUUGCCCGUGCACUGCGCGUCUUCUUGGAGAAGGAGCGCCCACCCGUGUUCGCGCUGGCGCCGAGGGCGGAGGGGGCGCACGAACUCUUGGUCAAGUCAUCUACCGAGCUUGUGCGACCAUACGUGGUCUCGGCAAUACUGCGGGACGUGCAGUUCACACAGGAGCGCUAUGACAGCUUUAUUGACUUGCAAGAUAAACUGCACCAGAACAUAUGUCGUCGCCGAACUCUUGUAGCGAUUGGCACGCACGACCUAGACACGGUGGAGGGACCGUUUACGUACAGUGCGCUUCCACCCAACGAGAUCAAGUUUAAGCCGCUGACUCAAAACAAGGAGUUUGAGGCGAAGGAACUGCUGGACUUUUACCGCACCGAUCCGGAUGUUAAGCAUAUUAAACCAUACACGGACAUCAUCUAUGAUUCGCCAGUGUACCCCGUGAUCACGGAUAAGAAUGGCGUGGUAUUGUCGCUCCCGCCCGUUAUCAACGGUGAACACUCGAAGAUUUCGCUCCAUACGAAAAACGUGUUCAUCGAGUGCACGGCGACUGACAUGACUAAGGCCAAUGUCGUACUGAACACGAUGGUCGCCAUGUUUUCUGAAUACUGUGCGAAGCCUUUCAAGGUGGAACCUGUGCGUGUGAUCUACGAGGAUGAAAGUGUUAACGCGAGCGAGAUGACGCCCGACUUGAGCAAGCGUUCGGUGGAGGUAGCGAUCAAGGAUGUCUAUUCAAUGCUGUUUGGCAAGGGCGAGCCGAUUGAGCUGGACAUUGACCGGAUGUGCAAGCUAUGCGACAAAAUGCAGCUGAACGCCAAGCCUUCUGGCAACGGAAAGACUAUUGUUGCAGAGGUCCCGAUUACGCGCUCGGAUAUUCUUCACCCUGUCGAUGUGAUUGAGGAUAUCGGCAUUGCAUACGGUUUCAACAACAUUCCGCUCUCGAUACCUCAGACCCAGACAAUUGGUAUGGCCCAGCCUCUGAACAAAUUGGGCGAUCUACUACGUGAUGAGAUUAGUCGUGCUGGCUACAUUGAGCUGCUCACUCACGCCCUGUGUUCGCACAAGGAGAACUUUGAGUACCUGAACCGUGAGGACGACGGUCACUCGGCUGUGGUGCUGUCAAACCCAGCCACGAUCGAAUUUGAGGUUGUCCGCACGUCGAUGUUGCCCGGUAUGCUAAAGACAUUACAGAACAACAAGGCCAUGUCGAUUAAAGAGGGUUUGAAGUUGUUCGAGGUCUCGGACGUUGUCGUGAUCGACAACAAAACAGACGUGGGUGCCAAGAAUGUGCGUCGUAUUUGUGCUGCCUACACCGGCCCAACCGACGGGUUUGAAGUCAUUCACGGUCUUGUUGACCGUAUUAUGCAGCUACUGGGUAUUCCGUUUCAGUUGGAGAUGGCUGUGGGUACGAAAGAGUACUAUACUAUCACGCCUGCGGAGGAACAUGCAUACUUUCCCGGCCGUUGUGCAUACGUGAUGCUGCAAAAAGAAGAUGCCGAGCCUCUGCGUUUGGGCUCAUUCGGCGUGCUGCACCCGGGCGUGCUGAAGAACUUCGAUUUGCUUAACCCGACUUCUGUUUUGGAGAUGGAUCUGGAGCCUCUGCUGUAA